CACAACUGUGCCCAUCGUGCGAACUAUAGCAGCUCAAAUCGAACUUAUUAAAGGGAAUCUACGUUGGACCUGUGUCGGAUACCUUUUCAAUGGCCGAACCAACAGCAUACCCGAAAAAAGUGUUAUACUGUGGAGUGUGCAGUUUACCACCUGAAUACUGCGAGUUCGGCGGCACAGUGAAAAAGUGCGAAGAAUGGCUGAAAUCCAACCACCCUCACCUGCACGAGAAGCUGUACUCACAAGAAGCCCUCGAGCAAAACCUCUCCUCCCUCUCCCUCGAGGCCCAAAAACGCGCCGAAAAGGACGCCCAAAAGAAAGCCGCCAAAGCCGCGUCCGCCGAAGCAAAAGCGCAAGCCGAACGCGCCAGCAGCAAAGUCCUCAUCAAGCGCAUCGAGCGCAACAAGCGUAAAUACGUCACCGCUGUGCAAGGGCUCGAACACUUCGGCCUCGAUAUCAAGAAAGUGGCCAAGGAUUUCGGCAAGAAGUUUGCAACGGGGAGUAGUGUGACACGGAUUCCAGGAGGAGGGGAGGAGAUUACGGUGCAGGGGGAUUUGAGCGAUGAUAUCUAUGAUUAUGUGAUAGAGACGUAUAAGGACGUGCCGGAGGAUAAUGUGGAGUGCGUGGAGGAUAAGAAGAAGAAGGCUGCGGGUUGAUAGCGCGAUUGAGGAUGUCGCAUGGGCGGUAUAGUGGAACGGUUGCGAUUUCGAUAUCCGAAUGUACCCGGUCCUUUUGGAAGGGCAUCUGGGCCAGCUGAACAUGCCUAGAAGCUGGAUCAUACGCAGCACAUGCGGAACAACACCACGAUUAGUCGAAUUGGUCCACUUCGAGGGUGCCUCACAGUAACACGGUAUAUCAGAGUUUCGAGUGAUGCUGUACAUAGGUGCGAUCGCUCUUUCGAAACUAGUGCGGUUAGGUAUUAGCAGCCUCCAACAUACUUUAUAAACCACAUUUUAAAUGUCAC